GUCUUUUGGCCCCUCAUGAGGCCGCAGCGCCCCCUGCCGGUCGAUCCGCCGCCACCGGGGGAGGAGCUGCACCGUCCGCUUUAUAAAACCGCCUCAAUCCGCGAAACAACAACAGUCCGGACAGACAGACAGCUGCGGCUGGACAGCGGGACACCGGGGACACCGACACCUCGCCGUCUUCACACCUGGACCGGAGCGGGACGCAACGAACCGUCCGUUGACGUCGGUAACGCGGAGAAGGAAGCAGCGGAGGAGGGACCGGAGCUCCACCGACGCAUAAAGAAGCAACAGCAAAACAUCAGCAACAUCGGCGCCGCCAAGAUGCCGUUUUCCGUUAACGGCAUCCUUUGCACGCUCGCGCUGCUGCUCCUGUGGCGCGCGGAGGAGCUUGCGGAGGCGUGCAGCUGCGCUCCGGUUCAUCCGCAACAGGCUUUCUGCAACGCCGACGUGGUGAUUCGAGCAAAGGUGGUGGGAGAGAGAGAGGUGGAUUCUGGGAAUGAUAUCUACGGGAACCCCAUCAAGAGGAUCCAGUAUGAGGUCAAACAGAUCAAGAUGUUCAAGGGUCCUAACCAGGACAUCGAGGCCGUCUUCACGGCUCCUGUCUCUGCUGUCUGUGGUGUAACUCUGGAUGCCACCGGCAAGAAGGAGUACCUGAUCUCAGGCAAGGCCGAGUCCGGCGGGCGAAUGCAUGUGACCUUGUGUGAUUACAUCAUGCCCUGGGACUCACUGAGCACCACUCAGAAGAAGAGCUUGAGCCAGCGCUACCAGAUGGGCUGCGAAUGCAAGAUUGUUCGCUGCCCCUCUUUGCCCUGUGAGAUCUCGGCUCCUGAGGAGUGUCUGUGGACGGACCUGAUGAUCGAGAAGCAGGUCCACGGUCGCCAGGCCAACCACUACGCCUGCGUCAAGCGGGCAGACGGUUCCUGCUCCUGGUACCGCGGCGUGGCUCCGCCCAAGAAGGAGUUCCUGGACGCCGAGGACCCUUAGUCACGUGGCGACGCAACUGCCCACUGCACAUCCUGACGGAGAUAAAUGUAAACAAUUCCAUUCGAAAAUUUAAAGAUAACAACAUCAGGCAAAAUUGAUUUCUGAUAAUUCUAAGAACAAAAAGGCUAAUGUGACUAAAAAUGGCCUGCUGGUCUGAAAACAACCUCUGGCUUCUCGCUUCAUCUGUGAGGCAGCUUUGGACCUCAAACUUCCUCAACAUUUCGUGACCCUGAAGGGGCUUGGAGGUUGUUUUCAGACUCGCCGUCUCUGUAAAAAAACAUAAAAUAGCAUCAUGAGACAUAGACUGGUCGAGUGAUGAUGUAAACUCCUCCUGAGGCUGGCGUCAGGAGGAUGAAAUUUCUCUGUGAGACGGAGCUCUUCCUGCCCCUCCAAGCUCUUUACCAGCUCUGAUCUCCACCAAUCAGUCCCCGAUCUGCAGACCAUCAUUCGUUACCCAUCGUGUUUCUACUUUUGUUACCUCAUUCUCCAUUUUUAUUCCAAAGCCAAAUUCCAAGUUGCCUUUUUUGUUUUCUUUUUUAAAUGAUUGUCUCCCUCUUUCCGCACACUAUUAGUUAACACUUUUCUCAUUUUCUCUGCUGGGAAACUGUUGACAUCGGACGCCCACUUUAUUUAAAAGGAUUCAUCUUGCGUUGCUGAUGAUCUUUUAUGGUUUUAUCGGGUGAAAAACCGUAAUUUAAACGAAGCCUGUGACCACUGCAGGCCUCACUGGACCAGUCUAUGCUGCGUGAAGGUGAGCUCUCAAAAUUUAAACCUACAAAGCAACAAAAUCUUCACUGCCCCAAUCAGAAAUAUGCCAAAUUUCUCACUCCUCCUCCUCUCUUCUUUCAGAUCCUCCCUUGUUAUGUAGCUGUACAGUACCUAUGCAUAUACUUUUGUUGUUACUUGAUGAUGAUUAUUAUUUACUGCAUUAGAACUAGAUUUGCACUUUUUGAGGAUGAGUAAAGACAAGAGCCUGAACACUCUGAUGUGACAGUUAUCGUUCGCCCAGACCGACAGAUCCACCUCAGGUGCAGAUUUCGCCUAUUUCAAGUGCUUUUUUGGUGAUCAAUAUGAACAUAUUUCUGCUCUCUCUUUGUCAGAACAGAUACAAACAGUACUCGCAGUGAAAGGUUGAUUAAAAAAAAAAACCAUAAAGUGGAUGCGUGAGAGGUUUGGAAGUAAGGGAUAUUUUUGCAGAUUUCACAUGUGAAAGAAACUUAUAAUAGAGCUAGUGGGAUGUUAUUUCAGUGUCUUUGUAUUAUCUGUUGAUUGUAAAUGCAAACAACAGCUGAUAUACUCUCGCAGACAGUUCAUUCCAUGAGUAAUAAGGUCUUUAAACAGGCUUAAUGUUAGCUUCGACUCGUCUUUUCCUGCUCCUUCCAGUUAUUAAUAAGAAGCCCUAUCGCUGUAAUAGAAAGCAAGUUACUCAGUCAGAGUUUACAGUGCUGUUUUAUACACCUCAAGCUACAUUAACAUACAAAAUAUAUAUAUGAUGGAGUAUUAGAGGCAUAAUUUAAAAGUAAACUCUUUCCAGUUUCCAUUACUUUUUUUGUUUCUUUUUCAGUGUUAUUAUUAUCAUGAUUUUUUGUGUGUUUUCGCUGUCUUUGUCUACGAUGUCUUUAGCUGUAGUCGAGAAAGGUCCUCUUGCGCUGGAGUAACGUGAGAGUGAGAGCGAUGAAUCCUUCGUGGAGGAGAGGCGGACAGAAACGGGAAACCUUGUGUGAAUAGAGGACUGUGCAUGUGUUUGAUGCUUUGUGUAAGUCCGGGCGAAGGACAAAAAUAUUCAGUAUUAUCAAAUAAAGAAAACAAGUUUGAAAGAG